AUGUUUCAAACUCAUCCGCUAUUCUCAACAACAUUGCUCGGUGUUCAACCACCGCUUCCACCUUCCGUCACUCUUGCCACAUCCCUCCCCCUUCCAACAACAACCGCCUCACCAUCGAGUCUUCUGAUGACGCCACCAACAACAUCGCCGCCAAAUCAUUUGCCAUUUAUUUUGGGAUUUCCUAGUACAUCGACGACAACAUCGAUUCUGAUGGAUACUGUGCUGGCGGCACAGCGAAAGAAUCAACAGCAGAUGGCGAAUUUGAUUAUUAAGCAGGAGCAGAGAACGAGUCCACCAACUGCGACAACACCAUCGAUUAAGGUGGGUGGGAGGGGGAUUGGGAAGUGGGAAGUGGGGAAUGGGGAGAUCAAGAUUCUUUGGAAGCUAGGGCACAGAUUUUCAAUCUACAGUAGUUUAAAGCCACGUGGAUUUUUUUGGCGCCAAAAAUUGUCGGAUUUUUCGAUCUGCAUAUAACAAUCUAAUGGAAUCAUUUUGCAGAAUGAGCAAAAAAUUUUAAUAAAUUUUUUGAAACAUAGAAAAUUCUGGAUUUUUUAAUUUUUCAUUUAAAAAUUUUGAAACCUCGGAUUUCUGAAAAUUCAAUUUUGAACUUAAAGUCUUGAGAUUGUUAGGUUCAAAAAAUCAGAUCCGAAAAUUUUUUUAGUUCCCAAAAAAAAAACACGUGGAAUUUUUUGGCGCCAAAAAUUUUCUGCCACGUGGAUUUUUUGAUCUACAAUUCAUAAAUAAUAGAAUCAUUUUGCAGAAUGAGCAAAAAAUUUUAAUAAAUUUUUUGAAACAUAAAAAAUUCUGGAUUUUUAAAGGUGGAGUACGAGAUAAAAAUAAGUUAAAUUCAAAAAAUCAAAUCCAAAAAAAAUUCCGAUUCCAAUCAGCCCUAA